AUGGAUAAGAGCGCGGACUGUUCGGGCUCCAUGUCGAAUCACUCACAUAUUAGCUCCAGCGACCCAAUCGAUCCUAGAAGCCUCGAAUGGGAUGGCCCGAUGGACCCUGAUAACCCCCAUAACUGGCCCACCUGGAAAAAAUGGUUUGCCACAAUGACCGCGGCGCUGCUCUGCCUUGUGGUCACGAUGGGCUCUUCGCUGUACGUGAACGGUGUUCCACGUAUGGUGCUGGAGUACGGCUACAGCCAAACGCUGGCGUUGGCGGGCCUCACUUUUUACCUGUUAGGGCUUUCGACCGUGGUCGGCGCACCGCUGUCGGAAAUAUUUGGCCGGAAGCCCAUCUACGUGGCGUCUUUGCCAUUGUCGAUGCUUUUCACGAUGGGUGUCGCGCUUUCUGGCGGCAAAAUGCGCGUUGUUCUACCGGUCCGCUUCUUUGCUGGGGUAUUCGCAUCCCCUGCUCUUUCUGUCGCCUCUGGAACCAUUGUCGAUAUUUUUGAUAUGGAUGAAGUUUCAGUGGCUAUGUCCUUAUUUUGCCUGGCGCCAUUUUUGGGGCCGGUUAUUAGUCCGGUCAUUGCUGGAUUUGCAACAGAGAAACAGGGCUGGAGAUGGGCAACCUAUAUACAGUUGUUUGCCGGCGGCCUCAUUAUGCCGUUUGUGCUGCUGAUGCCAGAGACCCACAAGACCGUAAUUUUGAUAAAACGAGCUAAGAAGCGUAGUGUGAACCUUAUUAAACCCAGCGCAAAAGACAAGAAGAACUUCCUGAAGCUCACCCUCACUAUCACAGUCUUUAGACCUAUAAAGAUGCUUUUGGUGGAGCCAACAGUUCUGAUGUUUUCAAUUUACGUUGCGUUCAUCUUUGCCGUAUUGUUCGCCUUUUUUGAGGCAUAUCCAGUUAUUUUCCGCGGCGUUUACCACAUGGACGGCGGCAUUUCCGGGCUGGCGUUCAUUGGCAUCGGUAUUGGUCUUUGGAUUGGGUCCGUGUUUUACAUUUUGUAUGAUCGCCGCUUCUUCUUCCCCGCGCCUCCUGCAGGAACCCCUGCGUUGAAGUCAGCCGACGGUAAAAGAACAAAACCAUACCGGGGAAAGAGGGAUCCAGUUACAGGUGAAAUAGUACCCUUGAAGCCCGAGAAACUCUUGGAUAUCUGCAAGAUAGGCUCUAUCGCGCUUCCUAUUAGUUUGUUCUGGCUUGGUUGGACGUCAAAAUCAAGUGUACAUUGGAUGGCACCUAUGGCGGCCGGCGUUCCAUUCGGCUUCGGUUUGAUCCUAAUUUUCUUCAGCGUCAUCAUGUACUUCUCCACUUGUUACCCACCACUUUACGUGGCAUCUGCCCUGGCGGCAAACAACCUGUUGAGAUACGUAACCAGCUGCGUGUUUCCGCUGUUUACGAUUCAGAUGUAUGAGAAAAUGACAAUCGGGUGGGCGAGCUCACUAUUUGGAUUUAUCUGCGUCGCAAUGAUCCCGUUGCCGUGGAUAUUUGAAAGGUACGGUGAAGGCAUGCGCCAGAAGUCUACAUUUGGUUUUAACGCACUUGAAGGUGAGAAAGGUGACGAAGAGUCCUGCCAGUCCACCUCCCAAAAACGUUUCAGUCAUGAUGAUGACCCCAAUUUCGAAAAUGGAGGGAUCACGGGCCCUAACGUAUCUAACGCAAAAAAAGAAGAAGCUGGAGUUCUACAAGCCAAUGGGGAAUCGUCUUCUGUUCGUAGUCAUGCUUUAAGCUCGGGAGAGUCCAAUAUUUCACAACCUGUUCUCAAAGGAUCAUUUUUAUAA